AAAGUCUCUAUUUUAUUCAGCACAAAACAAAAAUCCCAUCUCUUUCUCUAUUGAUCUCGCUCUCUCUCUCUCUCUCAUGGAUGAAGAAUUUAGCAAGUUUACGGAGCUCUAUAUUAGCCUUAUGAAGGGGGACAAGUCCGAAGUAAUUGAAAAAUAUGGAGAGUUGGGAACGACGCCUAGUGAGGCCUUCUCAAUUUCUGGAGAUAGCAUUCUCCACGUGGCAAUCUACAUGAGACAAGAGAGCAUCGCAAGAGAAAUCCUGAAAAGAUAUAAUCCACCACUGGAUCUGGGACAACAAAAUGCACUAGGGGAUACCGUUCUCCAUGAGGCUGCGGCAGCCAAUAUGACAAGCAUUGCGAAGGAUUUGUUAAUAUUAGCUCCAGAAUUGCUGUCAAUGCAAAAUCAUAAUGAGGAAACACCUCUCUUCACAGCAGCCCGCUUUGGCAGCACUGAAAUGUUCGAGCUUCUAGCUGAUUUAGUGGAAAAAAAACAACAGCCUAUUUAUCGCCAUUUGACCGAAAAGGAUGGAUCUACCCUUCUUCACAUGGCAAUUCUUGCUGAGUUCUUUGAUCUUGCGCUGAAAAUAGCCAUGAAGUAUCCAUACUUAAUUGAGAUAAAAAAUAAAAAUGGAAAUGGGAUGAAUGGACUCCAGCUCCUCUCAAAAAAUCCAUCAGCAUUCAAAAGUGGAAGGAAGUAUGGAUUACUCAAGACAUUCAUUUAUUAUUGCAUCCCUAGUAAAGACACCGAGGGGAAAGAAGAUAGUCUCCCACGAGGUAAUAGUGAAUUAGAUCCAAUGCACACCGUUCAUCCGCGUUUCUACUCCACAGUUAUACGCAUACUAACUUCAGUGGCAGGGAGGACAAACAUGUCAAUCUGGAGAUUUCUGCGUCAAGUGUGGCCAAUGAUGGAAAGAAUAUAUAAAGCAAAGAAAAGGCAUGAAUCAGCUUUCAAACUCGCCAAGUUUCUAAUAGAAAAAGAUCAUUCGUGGAUGCGAAGUAGUAAAAAAGAAGGCCUCAGUAACAUCAAUCCAAAUGGUGAAGAAAUACCCCCGAAGCCAGAAAAUCUCAAAGGGAUUACUCUUACACCGUUGCUUAUGGCAACAAGCACAGGAAUAAAAGAAAUUGUCGAGGAGAUUCUUACUGUGUAUCCCCAGGCGGUUGAUCACGUAACUCCUGAUGAGGGUUGGAACAUACUGCAUGUGGCCAUUAGCCAUCGUCAAUUGGAAAUCUUUCACGCUGUAAAGAAGAUGGAUAUACCAAUGACCAGGUUAGUUCGACGGAUUGAUGAGGAUGGGUACACCAUCUUGCACCAUGUUGGAGUCAUGAAGUAUUACACCGGGGGUACCCUGCCUGGUCCUGUUCUACAAUUGCAAGAAGAGCUGCAAUGGUUCGAGAGGGUGCUGAAGAUAAUACCCUCCCAUUACGAGAUGCAUCGUUGCAAUACCACUCAUCAAAUCCCUCAAAGCGCUGAAGCUGCUCAAGAUAAGUGCUACCAAGAAUUCCAUGCACGAAUUUUCAAGGAGGUACAAGAAUAUCUAAAACGGACCUCUCAAAAGAAUGAAGCCUCUCAAACCCUUCAAACCGCUCGAGAGUUCUUCGAACAAACCCAUGUAGAACUUCUAAAGGAGGCACAAGAAUGGCUGAAACGAACCUCUGAGGCUUGCUCUGCUGUUGCUGUUCUCAUUGCCACUGUUGCAUUUGCAGCUGCUUACACAGUCCCCGGAGGUUCCAAUCAGGAGACUGGGGUUCCCAUUCUACUACACGAUCCUUUCUUCUUGGUUUUCACAGUCAUGGACGUUCUCUCACUUGCAAGCUCAUUGACUUCUGUUGUCAUUGGCAGUUACCAUGCUUGCAUUUGCGGCAACAAUUAUACUCAUCAUUCAUUUGAAGAAACGGUGGACUACUACGCUCAUUUAUACUGCAGCAUUUCUUCCGGUCUCGGUUUUCGCAUUGUUGCAGUUCCCUCUGUAUGUUGCGUUUAUGAGUACAGUGAGGUUCUCUUGGAAAGUGAUUAGGAGCGUUCUUCCUUGCCGUUUCCUCCCAAGUCGGUUUAAGAACACUACUACGGGCUCCUUUUACAAGAUCCUCUGAAAUUCCAUAUGGAGUUUUCUCUCAUAUUUCGACUUUAACAAUUAGCCAAUACAUUUUCCUCAAAAAAAAAAAAUAUAUAUAUAUAUAUAUAUAUAUAUGUUAGCCAAUACCUCGUCAUAAGUCAAUUUCUUAUUGUGUGCUUUUGAGUAUUAGAAAAUUUUAGAACUACAACACAUUUUAUUACAAAAACUCAUAUAUUAAGGUAAUAAAGAAUGUGAUUGGCGCUACUUUGACAAUAUAUUAAACAAGCAUUGAAUUACUUUUUCCAUGAUUUAAUUUGUGGCAUCAAUUUGUACAAGGCUAUUUUUGUGCAUGUGAGCAUUUAAUCUUUUGACAUAAGGAAUACGACCUUUAUAUGUUUAUAUUGUAUUUGCAAUUUAAACUUAUAUUGUAAACACAAAAAAUGAUAAAUGUUAUGAUGAAGCUCAAAAUCAAUCUCGUGAGUAUGCAUCUCGUCGGUGCCAAUGGACGAGCUUUGGUACAUGUAGAGAGAACAAGAGAUAGAAAUAAAGGACACCAGGGUGGCACCAGUCAAAUACCCUUUGAUGCUAAGUCAAAUAAACUCUAGUAUAUGCCCUGUAAUUGAAUGUUUCUUAGCCUUUUUACUUGAGCUUGUUGGCUUUAUAUAGCCUAGCCUUGAGUUAAUACAUUUGCCCGUUGCACCUAAGUGAUUUAUGGCAUUGAUGGCAAUGAAGUCCCUCAAUGAAUAGGGGUUUGUAACACCUAAACGGCUCAUUAAGGCCAUUGUAAUGGCUCUUCUAGAAUUUUCCCAUCAUUAAAAGGUUUAAUGGAGUUUAUUUUUGUCUUUAAUGUGCCUGUUUCUAUCUUUCCCACUAUCAAUCAGGAUGUGCUGACGGUUGUCCAUACUGAUGGACGACUUAUUUACUCACAUAUUCGUCAUGUUAUAUAAAUUUGUAAAAAGUGAUAAAUAUUAUAUACUUUUUCACUUUUGUUUUUUCUUAGAUCGUGUAUUAAACAGAUUGAAAUGGAUUGUUUCAUGUCAACUCGAUUAAUAAAUAGGGGGUUAAGAGAUUUUGAAACAACUUUUAAAUGGGUUAGGUUAACGUUGAGAUAAGUAUCCAAAUACUUUUUGAUGAAGUGCAAAUUGUCAGUCUUUUUAAGUGCGACCGGAUGGAGUUGAGUCCCCAGCUGCGUCCCUGCAAAUAUAGUAAGAUGGCUCCAUCAAGGUGGUCACCAGUGUAGUGCCUGCCACAACAUCUCCAAUGCCAAAGUUAGUAUAAGGAAACCUUUAGAGAAUAACACAGAAUAUCAAAGUGAUUAUGAGUGCUUUUAGGUGUGUCUAUGUACCUUGUGUUGGUGCUGUGAGGGCUUUAUAUAUGUUUCCACAGCCCCUAGCCGUUGUGGUUAUUAUUGUGGUUUUAAUGCCUCUAUUGAUAACGCUUCAUGCUCAGUAAUGUGGGCUUUGAUGGGCUUCCAACGGUCUACACAGCUGAUUUUGUAACCGUUCAAGGCGUCAUUAACUGCAUUGAAUAGCUUCCCUACUUUCGUCAGUGAUGUGGAUAUAUUGACGAAGAUAUUUGGAUUGCUCAUCUACGAAAGAGAGAUCGUCAGUCCUAUCAGUUGCCCCCCAGGCUCUGUGGUCGUCCGUGUAGUGAUGAUCACUAAAAGGCGAAAGGUUUUUUUUGACAUGUCUCUUGGGAUUUCCCUCCGUAUUCAAUGUGCAAUGGCGUCGCUGGGUGUGUUGUGGCCACAUGGCGUAACUUGAGGGGUGAUUUUAAUGCUCCACUUCGUAUGACUCUCGGUUUUCUCGCUGUUUUUUCAGUUUUCUGUGCUUAGCUUUUUAAACUUCCUUCCUCCUCUUUUUUCCUCACUUUUCACUUUCCCUUUUGCUCUGUGCUUUCCGAGUUGCCAUUGCUGUUCUUGUGCUGCCAUUGUUGUUGUGAAUCUCUGCGUUUUGCUCUCUCUCUCUAGCACUUUUGAGGUAUGGCCUCUUUCU